GCAAGUCUACAUGCGACGCAUCAGCAGGGCAAAGAACGCGAAGAAUCAGGCGGUGAAGUCCGUGGUGCCAGGCAUGUGGGUGCGCUACUUCCGGAAGGAGAAAGGUGAAGCUAAGGGCCGAUUCAAGGGGCUCGCGAGGGUCCUGGCCACAGAGACGGCGCGGCCGGUGGACGGGGACCUCAGCGAAGGACGGGCCCUACACCCUGGGCGUGCAGGAUCCGUGGUGUGGCUGGUGCGAGCCGGGCGCAUCAUCAAGGUGGACCUCUGCCAGAUCCGGGCAGCCUCCUCACGGGAGAUCGCCUACGCAGAGCUGAUGGGAGGCAAAGACACGCCCUGGACAGUCCACACCUUCAUGAACCAGACGAUGAAGCACGAAUACCUGGACUUCACUGGCCACGACUCCACCGAGGACGACAUGGAGAUCUCGACCUUGGAGCAGAUGAAGGAGAACGUGGCCCUCAUGGCGAAGUCCACUCCAGACGCCAGAGCCUUUUGGGCUCGUCAAGGCACGUCACUGGAGGUCUCCGUUGAGGUUCCCCUGGAGGGCAAGCCGCUCAAGCAGGCCACGAGGCACAUGAGUACCUACAUGGCGAGCCAGCUGCGAAAGGGCAAGCGCGAGAUCUCGGAGAGGACGUUGACCCCGGACGAGGUGGUGAAGUUUGGCCAAGCAAAGGCCACGGAUGUGAACAACUAUAUCGUGUCUUCGGUGCUGGAGACGUUCCCACCAGGAGUGACCCCGCCUCCCGAGGACAUCACGCGCAUGAGAUGGAUCCUCGAGUGGAAGAUGGACGAGAACACGGGCGAGAAGAAGCCGAAGGCGAGGAUUGUGGUCCUGGGUUACAUGGACCCCGAGUACGAGCACCGUCCGACCACCGCUCCAACCAUGACGAGAACUUCGAGGCACCUGGUGCUGCAGACGAUGGCGUGGUUGGGCUUCAAGGGCUACAAAGCGGACGUGACGUGGGCUUUCACGCAGAACAGAGAGAUCCAGCAUGACCUGUUCGUGAUGCCUGUGAAGGAGCUCGCGGCGGCGCUGGGGAUGCCCGAGGGCGUUGCGAUGCGGCUCAGGAAGGCGGUCUACGGGCUCGUGGAAGCAGCGAUCGAGUGGUUCAUGACCGUGAGCGAGGCACUGGAAGAGUUCGGUUGGACCCAGAUGAAGAUGGACCCCUGCGUGUGGGUGCUCUACGGUGACGCUCACGGCAAGGAUAACGGCUUCAUCAAGGAGGCGCUGAAGGGCUUCACGAACCCAGAGGCGCUCGGGGACCUGAUCGCGGCGAAGGGGGACAUGGACAUCAUAGCCAUUGCGGGGUCGCACGUGGACGACUUCCUGCUCGGUGGCAACGACGCUGACCCCAGGUGGAUCACUGCCCGGGAACAGAUCGAGAAGCGCUUCAAGUGGAAAGCCCUGGAGAGCUUCCGCAUGGACCAGAGCGAGCAUGUAAAGACCAUCGAGAAGGCAUACCUCACCCCGGAGCGCAAGAAUGCCAAGGACAUGCCGACCACCGACAAAGAGAAAGGCCAGCUGAGGGCUAUCUUAAGAGCCAUCGGGUGGAGGUCCGAGCAGUCAGGCCCUAUGCACUCGGCCGACACGAGCCUCCUGCUCAGCACCAUACCCUCGUCCACCGUGCAGACUAUCAACGAGACCAACCGCUUGGUCGAUCGUGUUCGUGAGUGUGCUGAUCUACCUGCGGUGAUACACAGCCACUCUCAGGCGCAGGUGCUGGUGCCAGCGGAGUGGUCCGACUCCUCCGAGGCCAACCGUCCCGACGGAAAGUCAACGAAGGGCCUGGUGGCAGGGCUGGCACCUCUGAAGAUCCUCAAGGGCGACGAGGCGGACGUGAGCCUCAUAUCCUGGAAGUCCGGGAGGAUCGAUCGUGGUUGCCGCAGUUCCGCGGCAUGUGAGACACGCUCCGCCGUGGAUGCUGAGGACGAGCUGUUUGGCAUCAAGCUGCAGUGGCUAGAGAUCCUGGGCAACAACAUCGACUGGAGGAACCCCGAGGGGAUUCUGCGCAGACUGCAAGGAGCAGUGGUUGUGGAUUCAAAGGGCCUAUACGACAAGCUGCAGACGACAUUCUACACCUUCCGGGGCAAGGAGAAGCGAACCGACGCGGAGGCCAUGACCCUGAAGGAGGGGACGCAGCUCGCCAACUCGCUGACGAAGGGACACGAGCCAGCCCAGCUGCGGAUGUAUUUCAACAACGGGCACCGCUGGAAGCUGGUCUACGACGAGAAGUACCAGAGUGCACGGAGGAGGAAGGCAGCUGGAAUCCAGCCGUUCGAGCACGUAGGAGCGGGCAUUCUCAAGACGCCAGGCGGGACAAUGGCUCACAUCAGUGCAGCUGCGUGCCCGGACUUCCCGCCAUAUGAGACCAUGACCGAGUGCAGUUCAGACGAGGAGGCGGACUCAAGGAUGCUCAGCUUGGAGGGCCCUUAUCCGUGCAAUUCCGAGGUUGAGCAA